AUGACCAGAUCCUUCCUGACUGUAUACGACCCUGCCAGUAAGGAUGGAACUUGUGGAUUAGUGGCUGACACAGGAGGGAAAAGACGACCAGAAGACUGUAAGAGAUCUGAUGAUGAUGUGGCCAUGACUCCUCCACCUCAUCUAGUGAGGAACAUGGUGCCGCUGUCAGAAACAUCAAGCAUUCUGCAACCUUUAACGAAUGAAGAUACUGGAAAGAAUUCCACCAGUGCUCAGUCAGCUGUUGAUGGUGCUCAGUCUAACAGUCCACCCUGUAAAGUUCCUACACUCAGUGAUCAGCAUCUGACUUGUGAUACCAGUACAAACAACCAUUACUCUGAUAAACAUUAUGAAAGUCAGAAACAGUUUUCCGUAUCUACGUCUGCUGAUGUAAGCCUGCAUUCAGCUUCAGAUGCUGGAAGUCUGCUGACCGACACAUUGUUGGUUCAAAAUGACAAUACACUAAAGUGCUCUGGAAGACAGCAGCAGCACUGUAUAUCAGCUACAUUGGUUGCUAUAAAUCAGCAUUCUGUUUCUAGUACUGGAAACCUGAUCACUGACACAUCUUUGAUCCAGAGUGAUAAUACUCAGUCUGAUAAUGGUACUGCACCACCCUGUGAUGCCACAAUGAAGACCAGAACAGUUUCUAAUUUCACAAGAGAUGUACAUUGUGUAAAAGAUACAGAUAUGACCAUCACACAUCCGUCACCAUUUAGCACCCCACUAUGUCCAAGGAGAACUAAGGACAGUGCUAGUAAAGCAGACACAAACCUAUCACCAUUUCACUUUUCACCAUCACCAAAGAGAACUAAAGGGCCUCUUAGUGAAAAAGACACACACCUAUUGCCAUUCUGCUUUUCGCCAUCACCAAAGAGAGCCAAGGGGGAUGUUAGUAAAGUAGACAUACACCCAUCACCAUCACGGAAGACAGCCAGCAUUAGUAAAGAUUGUCCCAUGCUACAGAGUGAUACAUGUACAAGUGAUGUGGGCAGUAAACACUUGUUGAUCUCAGGCAAAUCCGAAUCUUCAGAUCAGCUGACCAAGAAACUGAAAUCUGACGUGAUACAGUCAAGUGAAAGUCAAGUAAUUAACUCCUGUCCACCUUUGACCUCAUCUUCAACUGAAGUCUGCAUAUCUUCAUCUUUCACUGUGCCAGCUACUAAGAAUAUAGGAUUUAUUUCCCACGUAAAGAAACUUGCGACUGCUACCGGUAGAAUUUCGGCAUCAAAGUUAGACGUGUCAAAAGAGAAGACAAGUGGAGGCCUUAAGACUAUGAGAGAAUCAUUUCUAUUGGCUGAUUCCAGUCACCCACAACAGAAGGUUAGAGUUGUGCAGGUGUCACGCUCUCCGAGACGCAGACAGUUUCCAAGUGUGAUGAUGUCAUCAGUAGCUGCUGUCUCAAGAACGAUAACUCCAGCUGGAACGAGUAUUGCUGGUAAGAGUAAUAACACACAAAGAAAUCUUUCUACAACGCCCAAGGGAAUUUUGAAAGAUCCUGAGUUAAAAACACAGCAACAAACAAAAUCUGUGAGUUUCUCUGGACCUCUGCAGUCUUCAAAGAUGUUGAGUAAUGUGACUGGUGACUCGGUGGUGAGACAGCACAGACAACAGUCGACCGUGGAAGGAGAGAAGUUGUUGUUCUCUGACAGCGAUGAUGAUAACGAUGACGACUUUGUCAGUCAGUGUCCGAACACCACCUCCUCAGACAAACUCAACAAGACAAACAAACGAAGACAUGAAAAAUACUUUUAGCUGUAUUAUUUGUAUUUAUUGUAUUUUUCACUUUUAUUAUAUAUUGUUCGGAUAGGGUACAAUCUACACUUAUAACAGGUGUAAUUUAUCAAUCCAAAUACCUUACACCAUCUUGUUAGAUCAAGGCGACUAUAAGAACAAAACAAGUCACCAAAAUAAUCUAAGCUAGUCUGAGUGCUCUUACAAUUCUACAACGGCCGCUAGCUGUAUCCGAUUCAAAACAUUAUUCGGGCCUGACACUUGUUGCUAGCCUGAGCGUGCAUUACAACUCAGUGCGACUGCCAGUUGUUAGUCUUAAUGCAUUCACAACUCAACUGGAUGGUUGUAGAAGUCAUGACAGCUGAACCAUACCAACUUUCUGCAGGCAGUUGGUAGGAUGAGCCUAGCAUUACACUGAGUUAGGUGGUCAAUGACUAUGGGGAGCGGGGGUGGGGGAAAAAUAAAAUUGUCAAUCGGUCCCGCUUGAUGUCU